CUCUCUCUCUCUGUGCGAUGCCAUUGCAUGAUGGGCGUGUAUCUUCCUUAGAAUUCAAGCAAGAACAAACCCCAUAACCCCUCUCUCUCUCUCUCAAAAAGCGACCCUUCAUCGUUCGCCACCAAUAAGUGGAGAAGCGUCAUUCGAUCGGGCACUGACUGAGUCAAAGGCAAUUGGGUAGCCGUCGAACGCCAUGGCCGAGCACCUGCCCUCUCCGUUCGGCGAUCCGGCGCCCACCCUUUCCGAUCCGGAGCUCCGGGAGACCGCCUACGAGGUCCUCGUCGCCGCGUGCCGGAGCUCCGGCUCCCGGCCGCUGACAUACAUCUCCCAGUCGGAGCGGUCGGCCGGGGCCGCGGCGGCGGCUGCGGCGGCGGCGCCGUCGCUGCAGAGAUCGAUGACGUCGACGGCCGCGAGCAAGGUGAAGAAGGCGCUGGGGCUGAAGCGGAGGGAGUCGAUGGCCCAGAGGACUGGCGGCGACUCGGCGGCGGGCCAGGGCCGAGCCAAGAGGCCGGUCACGGUGGGGGAGAUGGUCAGGGUUCAGAUGAAGGUGUCUGAGCAGACUGACUCGAGGGUCAGGCGUGCUUUGCUGAGGGUCGCUGCUGGUCAGCUUGGAAGACGGAUGGAGUCGGUAGUUCUUCCAUUAGAGCUGUUACAGCAGUACAAGUCGUCAGAUUUUCCCAACCCGCAGGAAUAUGAAGCUUGGCAAAGGAGACAUCUGAAGGUUCUCGAAGCAGGAUUGCUUCUGCAUCCUCACCUGCCUUUAAGAAAGUCAGACACUACUCCACAGCGGCUCCGGAAAUUGAUCCGUGCCGCCUUAGAAAAUCCCAGAGAAAGCGAAAGGAAUGGUGAAGCAGUGCAACUCCUUCGGAGCAACGUGAUGUCUCUGGCUUGCAGAUCUUUCGAAGGGAGUGCUUCAGAGACUUGUCAUUGGGCUGAUGGUUUCCCAUUCAAUCUUAGGCUGUAUCAGAUGCUCCUAGAAGCAUGUUUUGAUGUUAAUGAUGAAACAUCCAUGAUUGAAGAGGUUGAUGAGGUUUUGGAACUCAUUAAGAAAACCUGGGUAAUUCUUGGGAUGAACCAGGCCCUACAUAAUCUUUGUUUCGCAUGGAUGUUGUUCCAGCGGUAUGUAGCAACUGGGCAAGCAGAAAAUGACCUGCUAUUUGCUGCUGGUAAUUUGUUGAUGGAAGUUGAAAAUGAUGCAAAGCACAUGAAAGAUGAAAACUACCGGAUGGUUUUAAGUUCCACAUUGAAUUCAAUUUUGAAUUGGGCUGAGAAGAGGCUUCUUGCAUACCACGAUUCGUUUCACAGCAGUAAUAUUGAUGUGAUGCAGAGUUUCGUGUUGCUUUGUGUGUCAUCAGUGAGAAUUUUAGCUGAAGGUACCUCCCAUGAGCAUCGCAGGAAAAAGAAUGAUACUGAUGUAGCUUGCGACAGGGUUGAGGCUUACAUAAGAUCAUCGCUCCGCAUGGUCUAUUCUCAGAAAAAGGAGAAGAUAAGGAAAAUAUGUAAAAGCCAGCAUAAUGCUCUUCCUUUCCUAUCUAUCCUUGCUCAAGACAUUAGAGAACUUGUUGUUAAUGAGAAGGAGCUGUUUAGCCCGACAUUGAAGAGGUGGCAUCCACUUGCAGCAGGUGUUGCAGUGGCAACUCUUCAUUCUUGCUAUGGGAAUGAGUUGAACCGGUUCAUUUCGGGUAUCGAGGAGUUGACGCCUGAGGCUAUGCAAGUUCUAAUUGCAGCAGAUAAACUGGAGAAAGAUCUUGUCCAAGUGGCAGUUGAAGAUUCAGUGGACAGUGAGGAUGGUGGAAAGUCUAUAAUACAAGAGAUGCCUCCCUAUGAGGCUGAAUCUGUGAUAACCAAUCUGGUGAUGUCAUGGAUAAAAACAAGAGUUGACAGAUUGGGAGAGUGGGUUGACCGGAAUCUGCAACAGGAGGUUUGGAGUCCAAAUUCUAAUAAAGAACGAUUUGCUCCUUCUGCCGUGGAAGUUCUCCGGAUAGUUGAUGAAACUUUGGAAGCAUUUUUCCUCUUGCCCAUACCAGUGUAUCAAAGCUUGCUUCCUCAACUAAUCAGUGGUCUUGAUAGAUGUCUUCAACAAUAUAUAUUGAAUGCAAAAGCUGGCUGUGGAACAAAGAGUAAUUUCAUCCCUGCAAUGCCUGCUCUAACUCGAUGUACUACGGGAUCUAAAUACAAUCGUGUGUCCAAGAAGAAGGAAAAGGAAAAAAUAGGUCAGAGGAGGAAAUCCCAGGUUGGGAUUACCAAUGGGGACGACUUCUUUGGAGUACCUCAGCUGUGUGUUCGCAUUAACACACUACAGCACUUCAGGACACAACUGGAGGUUUUGUCAAAGAAGACACUCAUGUAUCUUAGAAGUUCUGACCCCACUCAUGCAGAUGUUAUCGCAGAUGGAAAGGGAAUUAGGUUUGAGCUUUCUGCCACUGCUUGUGUGGAAGGAAUCCAACAACUUUGUGAGACGACAGCUUAUAAGGUGAUCUUUGACAACCUAAGUCAUGUGCUUUGGGAUGGUUUAUAUGUCGGGGAUGUCGCUUCUUCUAGGAUUGAGCCUUUCCUUCAGCAUCUUGAACAGUAUUUAGAGACAUUAUCGUCGUUGGUGCAUGAUCGAGUGAGAACGCGUGUUAUAACAGAUGUCAUGAGAGCUUCCUUUGAUGGGUUUCAAUUAGUUUUGCUAGCCGGAGGACCUUGCCGUGCAUUCUCUCUUGAAGACUCACAAAUUGUAGAUGAAGACUUUAAGUUCCUUGAAGAGUUAUUUUGGUCUAAUGGGGAUGGGCUGCCAGCUGAUCUGAUUGAUAAAUUUUCAGCCACGGUUAAAAAUAUUCUUCCACUCUUUCACGCCAAUACUGAGAGUCUAAUUGAGCGGUUUAAACAGAUCUCACAGGAAAGUUAUGGCUCCACCGCCAAAUCCAAGCCACCAUUGCCUCCAACUCCAAGUCAAUGGAGUCCUAACGAACCAAACACUAUUUUACGAGUUUUGUGUUACAGGAAUGACCAGUCAGCAACGAAGUUCCUCAAGAAAACCUACAACUUUCCCAAGAAACUAUGACUAGUCAACGUGGAGCUAUCAAUUUGUGUGGUGUGUCUUGAUGUAAGUCUUGCUGCUGGACCAUUCCUAUUGCUUUGUGUAGUUUGGACAAGUGAGUUCUUGCACUUUUGCACGAGGAGGGCCUCUUUGGGGUGGUCUUUGGAUGGCGAGAUGCGUCUCUUGCAUAAUUGUUUGUUGGCUCAAGGUGGCUCAACAAUAACAAGAUUGUUAGCGCAUCAGUAAUAUCAUCAGUUCAUCCACUCACAAGAGGGCUCUAGUGAGAUUGGAAUGUGAAGCUCACGAGAGAUAAUGCGAGGACAUUGUGUCGGCAUUGGCAUCGGUUGACUCUAUGUACCCUGAAAUAAUGCCUCCUGGGGAGCGGUUCAGGCAACUAAACGUCAACAUUUACAUGGUGUGACAAUGGUUUCUUUCUUUACUCAUAUUUUAAUAGGAUACGGUAGAUGAGAUUAUAUGAAGGUAAAGAGCUCCAAUAAUACAAGGAUAGGUAUCGUGCACCCCGGUUUGCAACAGCAGUUGUGAGAAACUGAGACAGAAUUAGUUAGCUUUCCAUUUUGUGUACGAUAAGUAUUCACAUGUACCGUUCUGUAUUAUACGUCUCUCUCCAGAAAAUUGAGUGUCUAGGUUUGGGUUGUUUAGCGUUCCGUACCAAGAUGUUACUUGAUCAAUUGCACUUCCAGACACUUGUUCGCCUUAUAUGUAUGCGUUUUAAUCUC